GAUGCUUUCAAAGACCAACUUCACCGCAUAAGCGUCAGACUCUCGAUGGUCUCCUUUCAGCUUCCAGAGAGCUUGUUCCUCACAGGCGUCAUUAUCCAAAAUCCGAAGCAGGUUGCUGCUGGAGGAUAUGCCGACAUUCACAUGGGGCAAUACCGGGGGCGUCUUGUGGCAUUAAAGACGAUGCGCGUCUUCACGCAGCAAACGCCCAAAGAGAUUUCCAAGAGCUUGAAGACAAUUUGCCGUGAAGUCACUCUCUUACAUAGCCUCAAGCAUCCGAACAUCUGCGAACUCAUAGGUGUUGACCGUGAACUCUUUGGAGGGCGCUUUUGUCUUGUGACAGAUUGGAUGCCGUAUGGGAACAUCAUGGACUUUGUUGGAGCCAACUCGUUUGUCUUUGACGAGGUCAAACAAUUUGUGGUGGAGAUAGCCUCCGCUCUGGAGUAUCUACAUAGCAAGAAUGUAGUACACGGAGAUCUACAUGUGAAAAAUAUUCUUAUUGAUGCUGGCCGCCAUGUUCGCCUCGCAGACUUCGGACUAUCAGAUUUUUCCGACGCCUCU